CCGGCCCGGGGCUUCAGAGCAGUUCAGAAGGCGGGGCAGCAACACUUGAGGUAUUCCCUAUAGGCAAUACCAACACACUCCAACUUGGAACUGAAAUGGAAAUAUCGAUACUAUUCCGGAAAUUAUGGUGCGUCAGAAAACAGCUAAUCGUUUUUCUAACGCCACUCGUUUUGCUGCCGUUACUUUUCGGUCUUCCAGAGAAGGAGGGGAAAUGUCUGUAUGUGGUACUGCUGAUGGCGGUGUUCUGGUGCACGGAGGCCCUGCCUCUGGCCGUCACUGCCAUGCUCCCCGUCUGCCUCUUCCCCACCAUGGGAAUCCUCCCCUCCAAGAAGGUCUGCCCCCAGUACUUCCUCGACACCAACUUCCUCUUUCUGAGUGGUCUGAUCAUGGCGUCGGCCAUUGAGGAAUGGGGACUGCACCGCCGCAUAGCGCUGAAGGUCCUCAAGAUCGUCGGCGUGAAGCCAGCCUGGCUGAUCCUGGGCAUGAUGCUGACAGCGUCGUCCCUCUCCAUGUGGCUCAGCAACACGGCCACCACCGCCAUGAUGCUGCCCAUCGCCAACGCCAUCCUGGAGAGCCUGUUUGGGGACCUGGAGACGCUGAAGAGGAACUGUAGAUCAGGGGAGGACGCUGAGAACGAGGUCAUAAAUGGCCCGUCCAACAUGAAGAUGCAGCCCGUCCAGUCCCUGCCUUCGGAGAAACAGAUUCUGUCCAUCGAAGGGCAGGACGGGGCGGAGCAGGGGGACGGGCGGACGGCUGAGGAGGUGCGGGAGGAGGCCCAGUACCAGAUGCAGAUCUGGAAGGGCUUCCUGAUCUGCAUCCCGUACGCCGCCAGCAUCGGCGGCACGGCCACGCUGACCGGCACCGCACCCAACCUCAUCCUGAUCGGACAGCUUAAAAGCUACUUCCCAGAGUGUGACGUCAUCAACUUUGGGUCUUGGUUCGCCUUCGCCCUACCACUCAUGCUCAUAUUCCUCUUUCUGGGGUGGCUGUGGAUCGCCUUCCUCUAUGGGGGACUCAACACACGAUUGUGUAUCAAGAAACAGGACCGGAGAGCCGAGGCCGAAGUCAAAGCGCAGGCGGUGAUCGAGGACGACUACAGGAAGCUGGGGCCCGUAAAUUUCGCAGAAGCAUCCAUUGCUUUCUUCUUCGUAUUGUUUGCGGUUCUGCUGUUCACCCGAGACCCCAAAUUUGUGACGGGCUGGUCCGUGUUCUUCCCCAAAGGGUACGUGUCUGACGCGGUCACCGGGGUGAUCAUCGUCUCCAUACUCUUCUUCUUCCCCUCUCAGAAGCCGUCUUUCAGCUGGUGGUUCAACCCACAAGCGAGCAACAGUGCGUACGUCCCUCUCCUCUCCUGGAAGAAGGCCCAGGACAGCGUUCCCUGGAACAUCAUCCUGCUGCUCGGAGGGGGAUUCGCUAUGGCCAAAGGCUGCGAGGAGUCCGGCCUGGCUUCGUGGAUCGGAGGCCACCUCCAGCCUCUGGCUGAGGUCCCUGCCCCUGCGGCGGCCAUGUUGCUCACCGCAUUCGUCGCCUGCUUCACCGAGUUCGCUAGCAACACCGCCACCAUCAUCAUAUUCCUACCUGUCAUCGCUGAACUGGCCAUCGCUGUGUCGGUGAACCCUCUGUACUUCAUGAUCCCCACCACGGUGGGGUCCUCGUUUGCCUUCAUGCUGCCCGUCUCCACGCCCCCCAACUCCAUCGCCUUCGCCUCCGGACACCUCUUGGUCAAAGACAUGGUGAAGACCGGUGUGGUCAUGAACAUAUUGGGGGUCCUGUGUGUGAGUCUUGCGAUGAACACAUGGGGGGUCGCCAUGUUUGAUUUAAAAAGCUAUCCAGAGUGGGCUCAUCCCGUUAACGUGUCCAGCACCCUCGUUCACAUGCACAUACCGCCCAUCCCGGGGCUCAAUGUUACCCUUUGAUAACUGACAUGAAAUAGGUAUAUGUAUGAAUAUUGUGAAUAGAGCUAACACUAUUGUUUGUGUAUUAACGAACAGGGCGGCGAUUAAUAAACGUUGACGUUGAUUCUAAA